AUGCAGGCAGAACUGACAAGGUUUAAAACAAUGCAGCUGAAAGCCAUGAAGGAUGCAGAGAAGUACAAGGAAGAGAGGGACAAAGUCCUCAAUGAAAUGGAUAGGCUGAAAUCAGAGCUGGAACUUGCCAAAUCCCAACUGAAAUGCAUGUCCAGAGUGUCUAGUGAGAAAAUGGAAGCUUUAGGACAGGUACAAAAAUGCACAGCGAGUGAAGAGCAUCUUUCUCCUGAGCUGCAAGAAUGGCCAAUGUAUUCACCAAAACAUGGUUCACAUUCACGGCCUUCUAGCAUAAGACUUGUAGGUUCUUCCAUCAACUUACAAUAUAGGAGAGAAGGAAUAAAAAUACCAUGCACGCCAAAGUACCCAAAGACUGGCUCCAGUAAGGGGAAAUACCGGUAUAUAUAUUUAUAUUAUUUCUUUCUUGGGAAUUACUGCAUGAAUGGAGAGUUCUGUGUUCUAGCUAGUAGACUUUCGUCCAUGUUUAGAGCAGGGCACCCUUCCUCCUGUGGGGGGCAUGGGCACCACAACAUAGCUCUUUUGCAGAAGAAAAACAAUAAUGGGAUGAGAAAAGCCUCCUUCCCGAAGCACCAGGUAAAACACCCAUGCCCUUAA